AUGAACUUUAGCCGUGAACCUCGUACUUCCCCGAGACUUGCUCAGCACCGCCAACUUCAAGAGCAAGUGAACGAAGGUCCUGCCCCUGCUGCCAACGUCGCUCAGCAAUCUUAUGCCAAUCCUGCUUUUGGUGGCGAUCCCCAUCGUGCCCCGGCUCCUAUUGCCGAUGGCUCCCCGCCUAUCCCUGGUCCGUCUGCUGAAAAUGGUAUGCAGCCUGUGAUUCGCGACCAUGUCGCAUCUGCUUCCUCCUCUGCCCUACUGCGCUGUCCCGAUGCUCGUGCUGGGGUCAAUGCCAGUCUCUUGACUCCAGUGGCAAACGAACAAGCGAGUCCGCAGCUAUCGCUCCACUCUGCUGAUGUGCCUCCCAGUGGUAACGGUUCUCAUCAGCACUCUCUAUCAUCUAUGACUUUUGACCGUAAGCCCCCUCCACAAGACCACCCGUCUCCUGCCUAUCAAGUGCGCUACGUGUCGCCCGAUCCCCACGCCAAGACCCCGUCUCCAGCACUUCCUCUGCGUCCGAAGACUGAUACCCAAGGUCAAGUUGAGCAACGCUUCGACAGCUCCCAUGUGUCCGCUCCUGCUGCUAUGCCGGCACAACCUAGCGUUGCUCAACCAGCCUCUUUGAACGACAAUAUGGCUGUGCUCUUCCAGCAGUUCUGUGAGUUCAUGGUUGCUCGCAAUUCUUCCCCCGCUGCCCUUCCCAAUGCAGAGUCUUGUCGUCCGUUCCAAGUUGGUAUCUCGGCGGUUGCUGACCAGACCGCUCAGUUCGGCACCACUUCCAAUGAGAGAAUCGUCUUUGCCGAUCCCAAGGCUAACACGCAGGCUAUUGAGCGAAGUAUUCUGGCUGAUAUUGAGGAUCGUAAGAGAUCUGCAGCUGUCGAUUGUUGGGCACAAGAACGUUCUCGUAUGGCCGCUUCCUCUGCCAAGGGACCUCCGGGUGGUGCUUGGAGAGGUACUGCGGAUCUAACAGAGACUCGCAGCUUGCAGGAUUUCCUGCAGGAGAUCGAAGCCAGCUCUAUGCUUUUCAAGUUGGGCUCCGAUAGCUUCCGGUUCAUCUAUCUCUUCGAGAAUCUGUCUACUCACGUCUCCACCAAGCUGGGUCUCAAGCUCGAGUCUACCUAUGGUGCCAUCGAGAACAUCCCCUACGGUCGCCAAUAUGAAGCUGCUGUUACAGCCCUACGGUCAGACUAUGGUGAACUCCAAGGAAAUGAUGAUAGCUCUAUCCUCAACCGAUGGUAUGUGCUCAACUCUACGAACUUUCCGACCUAUCAGUUGUUUGAAGAGGAGUUUACCACUAUCCUGGCCCAGCUUCGGCGACGCGGACACUCUCUACCGGUCACUCAAGCUAAUGGGCGGCUCCUUGCAGCUUUGCCGUCCGCCGUGCGAGCCUGGGUCGAAGAUCAUGUUCCGCUUUCUUUGGACGAAAGUGAGUUCCAAAGACGACUUCGAGUUCACUGCAUCAACCACUCGAUUGGUACGGGUUGGAGUACUUUGCGCCCCGGUCCAUGGGUUCUCGACAAGAAUGGUCGUUAUGUGAAGAAGCCUCAGCCACGUACUGGCCCUGAGAUUGUUCCGACCGCUUCGAACCCUGCAGCUAGCACUGCGGCACGAGAUGGAUCGUGGCCUCCUGGCACAUCUCCAGUUGGUCCGCCUAGUAACUUGUCCGUUCCUCCUCCUAUGCCCUCUACUGGUAGUCCCCAAGUUCUCGCUGCAACUUCAGGAUUGGGAGACAAGACCUCCACGGUGUCUAUGGAUGGUGGUUCCAGGACUCAGCAGUCAUCCCGAGAUCAACGUCAUGGCCGAGGUCAGAAACGGCCGAAGUUGACUUGCUAUCGUUGUCGAGACCAAUCUGGCGGCCACUCUGUUAAUGAUUGCCCAGCGACCAGUCCGUCCGAAUCUGAUAAACGGUGUGCUAAGUGUGGACUCCAACGUCAUGCAACCGACGGCUGUGAUAACAGGAUCGUUGCGGCCAAAAUUCCUUGUGGACGGUGCCUUCAGACUGGCCAUCUAGCCUUUAUCUGCCCCAUGACAAAGCCCAAAAGUGUCCCCCUCUCUGGCGUUCAGUCCAGCGCUGCCUUGCUAGCUGAUUCUGCCUCGGUGAUGCCCGCUACCAAUGUUGAUCUGUACGAGUGCACUGAGUCCCUAGGUUGCAUCGACUCUACCCCCAAUGGGCCUGGAGCGCUCUCUUCUUCUAUUAAAGUUGUCCCUGGUACUGGUGACGCAUCUACUUCUAUCGCGGUAACCUGUCUCCUGGACACUGGUGCCAGUUGCAACUUUGCUCAGCUUUCCACCGCCAACAAACUUGGUCAUGUGAUGCCUCUGCCUUCUCCAAAGCCCUUCCGAGUGGCGAACAAGCAGACCUACUAUGCGACUCAAGUUGUUCGUCUUACUGUUCUCACGAUCAACUCUAGAAUCAAGCUCGAUUUUCUGGUGGUUCCAGAGCUGACUGCCCCUCUUGUUAUCGGUAUGCAAGGUCUGUCCGCUCUUGGAAUGAUGAUUUGGAUCUCUCCAGGAGCCUGCUCAGUGAGAACUGGUGUUGGACCUCUACAAUGGCAUCAACUUCAACAAGGACUUGCACGAAAACGACAGCUACCCGCUAAGAAGGUUGCCAUGACACAGACAGAUGACCUCCUUCUGACCAUUGACCAGCUUGCUUCGGCUGAUAGUGUCGUGCCCAUUUCCCCAGUUGACACCCACGACGUCAUCCCUGAUGCUCUAUAUGGUGUGUUCCCUAGUGCCGCUGAAUGUCUAGCUGGCCUAUCUCUGAUUGACGGGCUUCAAGCUGAGGAGAAUCCUAUCAUUAGCCAAGCUCAUGACAUCACCUUUGCCAAGAGCGACUCUCCUAACCUCGUCGGUACUAGUGUCCCCGAAUUGUCCGCUCAUGAUUUGCCUUACACUGAGCUCUACCCUCAAGGUCCGAGUGACCUAUUGGUCUCAGUCAGGGACGGCCCUAUGGUACUUAAGGAUGGCUCUCUUGUCAAGGCCAAGCGCAUGACUAUGCAGUUGCCCUUCAUUCGGCCUGAUCGUCAUCCACCCUAUCGGUUGAAGCAGCUCAUUCGCCGUGAUCUGGCUCUGCUUAAUCGACUACAGCAGACUGGUCAUCUUGCUAUCUACGAGAGCCUUAUUGAGUCAUUCAAGAAGAGCCGAUUCAUUCGUCCGGUGUCUAUCGACGAGUCCGGCAACGGCGAUGACGCUUACUAUAUGCCACAUUUCCCAGUCUUCACAGCCUCGAAGACUAGCCCCUGCCGUCCGGUUUGGUGUGGCAAUGAACUGUCCGCUUAUCUCUGCCGUGGGCACAUUUCGGUCGUGGAGUCUACCAUCGUGAGCUCCUUGGUUGCACUUCGCACCUCUACUUACUACGCCACAACCGACCUUAGCAAGGCCUUUUAUUCCUUGAAGAUCCGAUCUUCCGACCGCAGGUAUCAACGUUUUAUCUAUCGCGGUCGUGCAUUCGAGUUUGCCGUCGUGAUGAUGGGCCUACGGCCAAGUCCUGCUAUGCUAAUCCGAGCUAUGCGCCCUAUUGUUUCUCUUGCCCAGUACAUCCUCACAUUCUUGUUUGGAGACCCUGGUGUGGACAUUGCUGAGAUCGACUUCGGUCCUCUAAAGGUUGGUCCCAUCACUCGGCACUUCGCCAUUCACUCCGAUUUCUCGAGCCCCAGCACUGCUUUGUCUUGGAUCCGUAUUUUCCUCGACGAUGUCACUAUAACCGCCAAGACCUCUGGUGCGAGAACGCUUUCGCUCGAAGUGGUUCGGUUGGUUGCACGUAUUUUCGGCUUCAUCUGCGAGACGGAUAAGGAGAGCGACGACUCUAGUGACGAUGUCGUGAAGCACCUUGGUAUAUUGAUUCAUCAUGGCUCUCUGAUAUCACCCUAUCGUGUGGCCUCGUUAUCCUCGCUCCCCGAGGUCCGCUUCGCGUCUCUGACCGAGCAUGAGCUCGACGAGCGUGACCGUGCCCAUGCACACCCGGAUGACUUCAAUCAUGCGUCCGCUGUCUCCUUCUGUGGUUUUGAAGACCUAUCUGACUUGAACAUCACUCCACGGAAAAUCGACAGUUGGCUGCGGCAGUUCUUUGAUCCUUUGGGUCUGUGGUUGGAGCUGGUUCUUCGUGGCCGUCUUCUAUAUCGUCGAAUCUGCUCAUCAGUGGUGUCUCCUGACGCAGUUGUCCGUGAUACCAGCAUACUGACCGAUCUGGUAGGCCUCUAUCGAGCACUGACUCAUGUUCCAAGGGUCAAUCGCCUUGUCCAAGGACCACUCUUCAUCACCGUUGACGCCAGCAAAGAAAUCAUUGCGGCUGUAGUCUGUGACAAGAGGGGCACCCGGCUCUUUGCUCGAGCCCAGGUUAUUCCCGCUGCACGACUUUCAUGGACCAUAGUCCGGCAAGAGUUGACCGCUAUACUCCUCGGUAUCGAAGUUGGCGACUUUCUCUCUAAGCUCGGCGUUAUGGUGCAGUAUCUUUGCACCGAUAGUCUUAUCAAUCUUGCCCGUUGUUCCGCCAGGAAAUUCCGGACAAAGGGACUCCAAGCAUGGGAGAUCUUGAAUAUUCACAAGGCCCGUGAAGGUUGUGUGAGACUUGGCUUAUCUAUUCAUCAUAUCCCUGGCCGCAUCAACCCCGCUGAUGGUCCCUCCAGAGCUCGCAUUAUAAAUCUCACUCCCGACUUGGCUGAGGAGAGGCUGCAAUACUUCGAGGAUCUCCUGCGAGAGCCUCAUCGCCCGCUCGAGUUUUGGAGUGCUGGUCAUAUUGUGCCCGACAUCCCCGAUGGCCCGGAGGAUGUAGAGCUCGCAGCUGCCACGACCACUUCUCUUGGUGAUGGUGUCUCAUCUACGGUUCCUCCUGUCCCCGAGGGCUUCUCCAACGAGCUCCUUCUGAAGAUUCGUUCUGCUCAGCCAGACGAUCCCCUCUGCAAGAACGUGUGUCGUGCCUUCACCGGAAACUGUCCGGAUCUUGAGGCUAGCUACGUCCGCAAUCUCAAGAGAUUCUUCCACAUCAGUGACGAUGGCUUGAUACUCCGUACGAUAGAAGCUCCGGAUGGAAGACCUACUAUUGUUGUGCCUGCAGUUCUGGCUACUGAAGUGGUUGAAGCCGUCCACGUCUGUGCAAGACAUCCUGGUCGUGAUAGGACUCGCCAACUGGUUGCUCGUCACUUCUGGUGUAAAGGCCUCUACAAGUUGACCAAUCGCAUUGUUUGCUCCUGUGAUACUUGUAAUCGUAUCAAGAGCACUAGGCUCCACCGGCACUCUCUCGGUGAAGCUCGUGUCCGCUCUUCACUGCCCGGUGAGCUUCUCGGUGUCGACUUGCUUGUCUAUAACUCCAUUCCUGAUUCUUCUGGAAUCACCCCAUGGAGUGCAGAGGUCGACACUGCACUACAGACUACUGGUAAUACCCCAUCGGAACUGAUGUCAGACCGCCUGCCUAAGUACAUAUUGAUGAUAGUAUGUGCUGCUACUUACAGGAUAUGGACCCGUACGCUUUGCACUAAGUCCGCUCCAGAGGUCGCAACUGUUCUUGGUGAGCUUCUUGAUGACAUUUCCCCGAGCGUUUGCUUAGUGGAUGGUGGUAAGGAGUUCGCUAACCUGUUGGUGAGAAGCAUGUUUGUUGCCAGGGGGAUUCAGCUCCUUGUGGUGCCUCCGUAUAGCCCGCGCCUUGCUUUCUAUGAGCGGUGUCAUAGAGAGUAUCAGAAUGGUUUGAGGAGCAUGUUGCUGGAGACUAAUUCGCCCGCUUCCCAUUGGUGGAAGUACCACAGCCUGAUCACCCACGCCUAUAACAAUUCUCCACUGCCUGGUUCUUCACUGAGUGCUGCUGCAGUCACCCCCAAUGAUCUAUAUUUGGCCAAAGGAUCUACGGCUCUACUGCCUGGUGGUACUUCUGACCGUCCGCUCUCCCCUGCUGCCGAGAGAUUCAUCGAAGCUUUCGAAGCGAUCCCUCCAUCUGAGCUCGCUUCUAAGGUCAACAACAGUGUCGCUCAAGCUGCAGCAGCUAUCCGAGACUCCCUUGGAGUUAGUAUGAAGCUAUAUCAAGCUAAUUGGGAACUCAGAAGAGCAGCUUCUCGUAAGGGUUGGGCACUGGCCUCUGUUGGUCGUCGUUCUGGUCCAAUAGAACCUGGUACUUGGGUCUAUGUGUGGAGACCUGCUCACUACAAGGUCACUACUAACUGGAUAGGUCCUGCUCGAGUCAUGGCUGUCCGACCGGCUGAUACCUACCUCAUCUAUUGGAUUGGUAACCGAGAUGAUGGUGCCGACGGCAGGUCCUCCACCGAAGCCGGUUACAAUUUGAUGCCUAUUCGUCAGGCUGCCGUGCUUGCUGAUCUCAAUGUCCGCUAUAACAACAUUCUUGUCCGCGCUGCUGCUGUACAACGUGCGUUUAUAGCGCGACAGCAGAUUGUCCGCCAGCAGCCGCUGCCUACUCCUCAAGAUAUCCUCAACUCUGCAGCCCCUAAUAGUCUACUUGGUGCUAUGAGAAGAUGAAUGAUGACGAUAUCUGUACCUCGUCAUGUACACUUUAUUUUGAACUCUGAGCCAGAGCUACAAUCGUAUAUCCUUUUGUGCAUGUUUUUGCUAUCCCCUCGGGGGUAUUAUUGCUGGCCCCGGAGAAUAGUAGCGUAACUCAACUAGCGCUUGCCUUCGUGCAGAUUGCAUGAAUUCGACGGUUUUGGAUUCAUUCUACUGACACCACUUUAGGCAACUAUCCGACCUGAGUAUCAUGUCUGCCCGUUGAUGGAUGCUAUAUUCUCCCCUUCAGUUCUCUUUUCUCUCUAUCUCUUUCUAUCUCUACCUGCUCUGAUCUGCCCUUUGCUCUGGGCAUAUCUCUGUGGUUUGUCUCUGAUCGUAUUGAUUCUUCACCCUCUGCUCCUGGUUGAAGAUUACAUCAGCGAAACCUCUGCUCUA